AAUUGAGCCAUGCGUUUGUUUACUAAUCAAGCAUUUGGAGUGUACGCUAAAGUGAUUUUUAUAUAUUGGGUGUGUUUUUGUGUAGAAAAAAAUGUGUGUAUUUUUAAGCAGACAUCUCCUUUGGUUGAGCAACAUUAUUGCAAGGUGGGUGUUUUCUUCAAGCAUUUAUUUUAUGCACAUUACCAUUGCAUGUUUGUAUUUGUCUCUUGCCUAAACUACCUCAACGAACUUUAGUUAAUGAUAUGGAAUUAUUUUAGUUAUACAUCAAGUGUUAUUUUUUAUUUUAAUUUUUUUUGUGAAAUUUUUUUAGUUGUUGGCUUUAGAAUGUUUAAAUACUCCAAACCUUUUUGUUAUACAUAUUGCUUGCAGAACUAAUUGGAAAAUCUAAAGAGCAUUGUUGGAAUAUUGGUUUUAAGCUGUUACAAUCAUGCUGAAAGCAAAUGGACGAUAUGUUUACUUUUUACGUCACUUCACUACAUCACACUUUGAUUCGUUGCUGAAUAACUAGUCAGAGCACUCUCUUUAGCUGAAGACCAACAUCGAUUAGACAUGCUUAAUCAGGUCAAAGAGCUCCUAUGUUAACCUGAUGUCAAACCAACUAGCCUGAAGUGCAUUUCCGAAAACCAUUGUUAGCCAACUAAGGUUGCAAGUUCUGUUGUUACAAACGUAGUUCGUUGAUUUGCCAUUUCCCAAAUCCAUCAUUCCAACGAACAUUCGCCAACUUCAAGUAUAUAUGUUUCUCCCACAGUCCAAAACAUGAGACAUAAGUAAAUUGACUAAACCAAAUCAGCACCAUAAUCAAUUCCACCAGCAGCUCACCCUCACAGCAAUCCCUAAGCAGCAACUUUUAUGCCCGCUUUGAACAAUGAUGGGUGCGCGUACACAUUGCAAGGCCCAGCGUCUCUCCAAUUUCUGCAGUUUUGCAGUAUUAUUCCUGCUCAUUUCAGGUCUGUUCGUGCAGAACAGCAGUGCCUUUACAUUGUACACCCGACAGGAGAUCUUGGAUAUGGGUUUGUGCAUUCCAGACAGAUUUAUUAGCAAUCUUCGACUCAUCACUGAGAUCGCCAGAACACCCGAGGGUGAGCGCUCUUCCCAGCCGGGCGGAAGUGCUCGAAGGCGGCGUUGAGACCGUAAACGAAGACAGGGGAACUGGGGCGAGCUAAGAGCAAAGCUAAAGCUAACACCACACCGGCUUUCUUUAUCCAGCAUUUUUCUUGUCAAUAUAUAGUCACUGGUGAACAAAAUGGAUGAGAUUCGCCCUGCAAACAAGAGGGAGCCCCGGGCUCGAGAAUCUUAGGAGCUCAGGGCACUCUCCCGGGACAGCAUGCCAAACUACCUUUAUCACCACUCAUCAGCUAAGUGUGAACUCUUGAAAUUUACAAUAUCAUCUUUCCAAAAUGUACUGAACUUAAAUGUGACUUUUUGAGGCAGCUAUCAAACUAAUAGUGAAAACAUGGAAUGGUAUCUUGCUUGUUGACUUAAAAUACUUUUUUUAGAUGCUUUAUUGCCAUUAAUAUGUAAAUGACAGGAGAGGGGAAAAAGGUUUACCAGUAAAUUUACUAGUAUUGCUAUAUUUGUGUGGACCUUUGGUCCCCUCGAUGUAAGGAAUACAAGGUACGCACACACGUGUGAUUUGCUAUUUCCUCUGUAAUAGAUGCUCUUCAGGAUGUGGGACUUGGGUGUGAUAUCAGCUUCUUGGCAAUGACCUUUGCAUUUGCAGAUAAUAUGUGUGAAAAUUGACAACUUUGACAAACUAAAAAUCAAUGUAAUGGAUAUUUAGAAAUGCGUAUGCAUAUAAAUCAGUCCCUGUUUUCAUGUCUCCCCUUAUUUUGUAAGACAAACAUCAGCCUUCACACUUCACACUGUUGCACAACUUAUUUGUCCAACACGGUCCACAAUAACCACACAGACUUUUUUUCACUUGUCAAACUGCAGUCAGCAGGUUUCAUUCUUACUCUCUUUUUGGUUUUGGUGUUGCAUCAUUGUAUCAUUCACAGUCAUGGCUGAACACAUUGUGAUUUUUUUUUUCUAUUUCUCUCUCUUAAUUUCCACUUGUUCUGAAUGUAAAAUUAUUGGCUUCAUCAUUGUUACAUUAGUACAAAAGUAUUAGUGAAUCUCCUUAUACCAACAGUCGCUUUAUUAACUUUUAAAAAUCGCUUAUUUCUACCGCGAGUGAGUUCUUUACAACUUUACAUUGUAUUCCGUUUCCAUGGCGACACGCGCUUCAGUUAAGAAGCGCGGCAGAUUUGAAAUUGUGUCCGUUACAUUCGAAAUGUUAUACAUUGUUAAUAGCUUUUUUCGUAAGGUGAAAGAAACUGCAUAAGACUUUGUUAUCGUGACAUCCUGUUUUUCAGUUUUAUCAGGAGACCUGCACUUGAGCCACACUGAACAGUCUGAUAACUUUAUCUGCACACUUUUUUUGUGUAAAAAAACAGACGUGCAAUUCCUUUGUGACUUACCAAUUCAGAAGAGUCUUUACGUCAAUCGUUCUUUGCUGCUGUGGUUUGUUGUCUUGAUCUGUGAAGCGAGGAGGGAAAAAAACAAACGGGUGCUCUUGAGGCGACUGAGCUUUUGUUUCCCUCAGUGAUUUUUUCCAACCACUGUUUCAAGCUCCAUCAUCCUGAGCACCUUCAGUGAUAUUUUAUAUAUUUUGGACACAGGAACUGUUCGACUGAUGAAAAUGCUUACCAGACUAGUUUUGUUUUGUUUGUGCUGUUGUCACCUGGCUGAUGCAGUGAAGUCAGUGUCUGUAACGGAAGGAGAUUCUGUCACACUAAACUCUGACUUGACAGAACUACCGACCGGACGUCUGAUUAUGUGGAAAUUUGAGCCUAAUGGGAAUCUUCUUGCGAAAAUCGAUUUAACAUCCAAGCUUAUCUCCAUAUUUGAUAAAGGGGAAUUCAGAGGAAGACUGAAGGUGGACAAUCAGACAGCAUCUCUGACCAUCACAGACAGCAAAAAAACAGAUGCUGGAGUAUAUAUAAUGAGCAUCAGUCACAACAUUAAGAGGACAUUUCUAUUCAACGUUACUGUAUACGCUCGUCUACCUGUUCCUGUCAUUAUCAGUGAAUCCCCACCAAAUUCUUCGUCCUCAUCUUCAUCAGUGCAGUAUUGUUCAGUGCUGUGUUCAGUGGUGAAUGUGAGUGCUGCGAGUCUCUCCUGGUACAAAGGAAACCGUUUGUUGUCCAGCAUCAGUGUGUCUGAUCUCAACAACAGCUUCCCUCUACAUAUGGAGUGUCUGGAUGGUUCCUACAGCUGUGUGGUCAGCAAUCCCAUCAGCAACCAGACUCAACAUGUGAACAACACUGAACACUGCCAGCCAUGUUCAGGUGCAUCUGGUGAGAUCGUUGAGUCCGUAUCAGUGACUGUGGGAGAUUCUUUGACCCUCCACACUAAAGUUAAUCAAAUGGAGCUGGGUAGUGUGCUGGAAUGGAGGUUUGAAAAAAAGAUGAUAGCUUUGAUCAACAGUGACCCCAAUAAGAUCACACAUGUCAUUACUAAUACUAGUGACAGACUGGAGCUGAACAGGCAGAGCGGAAACCUCAAAAUCAUGAACGUCAAAAUGGCAGACUCUGGACUUUAUGAACUGGACAUUAUCAGCCCCAGUGGGUCGACUUCCAAUAUUUUCAAUGUCAUUGUGAUCAAUAAAGCAUCAGAUGGAGUAAGGGUUGAGUCAGUGAGAGAGAGAGACUCUGUCAUUCUGCCGACUGGUCUUAAUCAAAUACGGAGAGAUGAUCGGCUGACCUGGAAGUUUGAAGGCACAAUCAUUGCUCAAAUUAACCAAACUGGAAUCUUUCCUCAUGAUGUUCUUGAUGGGAGAUUUAAAAACAGACUGCAUUUAAACCCAUGGACUGGAUCACUCACCAUUACUAACGUCAAAUCAAACACUUCUGGAGAAUAUGUGUUAGACAUCAGUAAGAGCAGCAGCGGAUUCACCACACACAAGACAUUCAGUGUUACUACCAUUGAUGGAGAUAAUAUGGUGUCAACGACGGAGGGAACUACUGUCAUUCUCGCAUCUGGUGUUUUUGAAAUACAUCAAGAUGAUGUGAUAAUAUGGAGGAGUGAACACGGAGACUCCGUCAUAGCAAAAAUCAGCAAUGGCACCUUCUCUACAUUUGACGGAGCUGAUGGGAGAUUCAGAGACACGCUGAAGCUGGACCAUCAGACUGGAUCUCUGACCAUCAGGAACAUCAAAACCGAACACGCUGGACUUUAUCACAUGGAUAUGAUCGGCAGCCGUCGCACCGUAUUCAAGAGAAUCAGCCUUUCUGUCUGUCCACGGGAUUGGUCUGUAUGUCUUAUAGCAGUAGUUGCUGUUGCUUUUCUGCUGCUGGUCUUGGCUGGAGUCAUUUUGGUUCGAGGAAAAAUGGGAUGUUGUUGCUCUGAUCAUGGAGAAAAACGGACUGAAGACGGAAUGAAGAUCAUGGAAUUAAAGGGGAAAGGCAGGAAAAUGAACAGAAUUUGAAAGCUCUUAAGUAAUAUGAGACCAGCUUUCUUCCAUGGAGUUAUCAGAUUUAAAGGAAUGAUGGAAAUGAAAUGAAGCAGAAAACCGUUCAAGUCUCAACAAACUCAACCUCUUCGAGAAUAUACUGUAUGUUACUAAGCUUGUCAGGAAUUAUAUCACUCAUUAAAUGGUUUGUGUUUUUUUUCCCUCCAGUUUUCUGACUGAAUGUAGUUUAUAUGAUGGUGGUUAGCAAAUUCAUGUCUAUAUAUGCUACAGAUGAUUAAAAACUCCUUAAAACUGCUCAAUAAUGUUUCGUUUAUGAAUUUAUUUAGUAACUAAGAACAAAAAUUUGUGUAAUCCGAGUAGGUUAUUGGAGAUAUAUUCAUGUGGAUUUAAAUCUGUCAUAAAAACAUCCUUCAUUUGUUUUUGUAAAAAGACGCACUUGUCAUUUAUUAAUUAAUUGUGUUUGGGAUAGUCUUGCUUUGAAAGAUUCCUUGUCAAAUGUGUUCUCAUCUGAUUAAGACUAUAUAUAAACCAAGCUUGAUUUUACGGUUUCAUUUUAGUAUUAAUUCGGAUCAUUUGUUUUUCUGAAACCCGUAAAUUAAUUUGAAUAAUCUUUGUAUGUUCAUGUGACGAAUGGCAUUAAAAACAGAUCUGAUUUACACACAA